AUGGAUUUGCUUUCGACCAUCCGCAAGACCGGCUCCAGAGGUGGCGUAAACUUUAGCUGGGACGAAGUCGCCAACUCCAACCACCGCGAAAACUAUCUCGGCCACAGCCUCAAGGCGCCAGUUGGACGAUGGGCCAAGGGACGAGAUUUGAACUGGUACGCCAAGUCGGAGGCCACGGCGGCGGAAUCGGCCGAGACAGACGAAGAGCGCAGAGAUCGCGAGCAGAAGGAAGAGCUGCGCAAGAUCAAGGAGGCGGAGGAAGACGCAAUCGCUAAAGCAUUGGGUUUACCGCCUCCUCUGCGAAACACAUCCGGGGCCAAUGCCAUCGAAGUCGAACCUAAGCGGCAAGCAGAAGAGAGCGAAGAAGACACAGAAGUAGGAGCAGGAGCAGGAGUCCUGACAGGCGACGCGACAGAGACUACCGACGGCGCAGUCGUGAUCGAGCCGAGGGACGGGAUGAGCGCGACCGGGAUCGGGAUCGUGAGCGUCGACACCGCCGAGAUCGCGACAGGAGUCGAAGCAGAGACCGUCGUGACAAUAGGCGAGAAGAUCGGGAAGAUGGGAAAGGCGAAAGGCGAGGCGAAAGACGACACAGGGACAGGAGCAGGCAGCGACAUCGAUCUCGAUCCAGGGAGCACAGACGACGAAGCCCUGGGCCAAGCUCGCGCCGAGAAGAUUAAACUGGAAGACAUAGCUCGUUUGCUGGCGUUUGGUACUUGGUUAUAUCUAGGUCCUGGAAUCUGUAAGGCUUUGGUAGAGUUUGGCUUAAUAUUUUGUAUUCCUAUUGCGCGAGAACUCGAGUCUCCUCGGGCAGACGCUUCUCUCCAAAAGGACUCGAUAAAACUCAACCAUGGUGCCUAUGCAGUUGGAUGGGCUGCUGUAUUGCGCUCUGAGCUCAACGCAUCUAGAGCGCUUCUUGAUGAAGAACACGAGCCCUUGCAGCCAGCAGACAAUGACGACAACAUCUAUCUCCUAGGCCGGAUGGGGGAGCAUAAUGUCGUGAUUACUUUCCCCGGGUCAGGGACAUAUGGAACCAACGCUGCGGCACAGAUGGUCACUAAUAUGCUUCGCACGUUUCCAAAUAUCCGAUUUGGGUUGCUGGUCGGCAUAGGAGGAGGCGUUCCAAGGCCGCCAGAUCUAGAAGAUGCAAGCAAGGACAUUCGGCUUGGUGAUGUUGUUGUUGGCAACCCCAAGGGAAAUCACGGUGGUGUUCUUCAGUACGAUAUGGGCAAGUGGAAUAACGAUCAAGAGUUUACCAUUCAGUCGCAUCUGAACAAACCGCCUGGGUUAUUGCUAAAAGCUACCCAACUAUUGCAAUCGGAUCAUGAUUUCAGAGAGGGAAGAAUGAACCAAUACAUUCAAGACGUUGCAUCAAAGUCCUCGGAACUGAAAGCAUUAAAAGAAUAUCGGUUCCCAGGACGAGCGAGCGAUCAACUGUUCAAAGCAACUUAUCCACACUCUGGUGAUGAUGACUGCUCAAGCUGCAACGCCGAGAUGGUUGAGAAUCGCUUAGUUCGAGACUCAGAUGAACCAACAGUACACUACGGUCUUAUAGCAUCAGCAAAUGCUGUCAUGAAGUCGGCCCGGCGUCGCGAUAAACUCCGAGAUGCAUGGAAUGUAUCCUGCUUUGAGAUGGAAGCAGCAGGGCUCAUGGAUAGCUUUCCAUGCAUGGUAAUCCGGGGCAUCUGUGAUUACUCGGACGAUCACAAAAACACAUUGUGGCAACCCUAUGCCGCCGUGGUAGCUGCGGCAUAUGCAAAGGACCUCUUGCGGAUUAUCAAACCGAAAGAGAUGGAAUCCAUUCCCCCAGCGGUGCAGACGGUUGAGUCCGACAAAGGGAGUGGAGGGAGAGUAGACAAGAGUCGCCAACAGGCGUCUUUUCAACCAGGGGUUGCAGAGGCUACUGACAGCAGACCAGCCACCUUGCGCGAGUUUAAUCAGUUGCGAGGCAUCUUGGAAAGAAUUGAGAGCCGACUCAGCAAACUAGAGGAGAAAGCCACAGCUACAAGCCAGACACCAACACCUCAAGCUGUCAGUGCCGGCCAGCAAAACAAGUCCAAUCCAGCUGGAGCGAGCCGACAAUGGUCACCUGCUGUGUGUCGACCAAAAUCUCAAGAUGAGAUGACGAGAGAGGAGAGAAGCAACAUCCAUCCUGUUGCCUUCAGAAUUCCGGCUGACUGCACUGUCUCUUCUCCUCCUAAGAGAAUCAGAUAUAAAGGCCGGGAAUACCAACUCUAUUUCAGUGGUCCAGGUCUGGGAUCUUUGCUGGUGAAUGAGUCCAAUUGCAUUCUCGACAAUGGACUCCUUGUGCCUACCCUACUGGGUCCAAACGGAAUAUCCCAUAUGUUUUUCUUCGAUUGGAAGAAUUCAAACAUUCGAUAUUCUCUCCCCCCGAAAGGAUCAUCAUCUAAUGCCUACCCACCCCAGGUAGGUAUUGAAAUAUUGGGAUCACCCCAGGUAGGUACUGCACCAUUGGGAUCGAUGUUGAGCAUGUUGUUGUAA